UUGUUUCGUUGGUUAUUCCAAUUUAUCUUAUACACCCUAAUUUUAACCUCUGCUCAACUUCUCUAUUCCUCAAUGGAAACAUCAGCCGGGCAUCCGCCGGAAACAUCCCACAAUGUUAACUCCGACGAAAUUCUCCGACAAGACAGCCUUCACCAUGCCAAUUCUUCCCCUCCUCAAACGACAUCCGAACCUGCCGUUUCAGACUCUCAGUUUGACGAAACGAAAAUAUCCUCCGAGUUGCCACCUCCCACCGGAGUCACCCCACCCCAAGUGAAAAGGCGACGUCGUAGAAAACGAUUCUUCACUGACAUAAUUCCGACCUCUGUUUCCGCCGCCGCCGUGAACGGCCUUCGUGUUCUCCGCCCUAACCCUAAACCCUCCACCGCUUAUUCAUAUUCCUUGACGGAACUGGCCACCGGAGACGACCUCUCUAAGCAGCACAAUCGACGGAGAAGGAUGUCGGAUCUUGCUAAAGAAGUCGAUGUUGAGGCCCUAAUUGCUAUCUCUGUUGGGUUCCCUGUCGAUUCCCUUACAGAGGAAGAAAUUGAAGCUAAUGUAGUUUCUCAAAUUGGGGGCGUUGAACAAGCCAAUUACAUUGUCGUACGUAACCACAUUCUCGCACGUUGGCGGUCGAAUGUCACUGUUUGGCUCACAAAAGAUCAUGCAUUGGAAUCCAUACGAGCUGAACACAAAAAUCUUGUGCAUUCUGCUUACACUUUUCUCCUACAACAUGGGUAUAUCAAUUUUGGUGUAGCUCCAGCGAUAAAAGAAGUGAAAUUUAAGCCACCUGAAGGGGUCUCGAAGGGGAACGUGAUUGUUAUUGGCGCGGGGCUGUCGGGUUUAGUUGCGGCAAGGCAAUUGAUUUCUCUAGGACUUAAAGUUGUGGUUCUUGAAGGAAGGGGUAGACCUGGUGGUAGAGUGCGAUCCAAGAAAAUGACAGGUGGACAAAAUGGGGUUGUUGCUGCUGCAGAUUUAGGUGGAAGUGUAUUAACUGGAAUAAAUGGUAAUCCGUUGGGUGUUCUCGCAAGGCAGCUAGGCGUUCCACUUCAUAAGGUGAGAGAUAUAUGCCCUUUGUAUUUGCCAAAUGGUAGAACUGUCAAUCCGGAUAUUGAUUCCAAAGUUGAAGCGUCGUUUAAUAAAUUAUUAGAUAGGGUGUGUAAACUUAGGCAGGCAAUGUUGGAUGAGGUUAAGAGUGUAGAUGUUUCGUUAGGUACUGCAUUAGAGGCGUUUAGGCAUGUGUAUAGAGUAGCUGAGGAUCCCCAAGAGCAAAUGCUUCUGGAUUGGCAUUUAGCCAACUUGGAGUAUGCUAAUGCUUCGUUAAUGUCCAAUUUGUCUAUGGCGUUUUGGGACCAGGAUGAUCCUUAUGAAAUGGGGGGUGAUCAUUGCUUCAUCCCUGGAGGAAAUGAGAGGUUAAUUCGGGCUUUAGCAGAGGACAUUCCUAUUUUCUAUGAUAGGACGGUAGGAAGUGUAAGAUAUGGUACUGAUGGGGUUUUAGUGUAUGCUGGUGGGCAGGAAUAUCAUGGGGAUAUGGUUCUAUGUACAGUUCCCUUGGGAGUGCUUAAGAAGGGUGACAUUGAGUUUGUACCAGAGCUUCCUCAGCGCAAGAAAGAUGCAAUUGAGAGAUUAGGAUUUGGAUUGUUAAAUAAGGUCGCAAUUCUUUUUCCCUAUGACUUUUGGGGUGGAGAGAUUGAUACUUUUGGACACUUGACUGAGGACCCGAAUAUGAGGGGUGAGUUUUUUCUGUUCUAUAGUUAUUCUUCAGUUUCAGGUGGACCACUUCUAAUUGCUCUUGUAGCUGGAGAAGCAGCAGUAAAAUUUGAAAAGAUGUCUCCUCUUGAAUCUGUUGUGAGGGUUCUGGAAAUUCUGAAGGGCAUAUUCAGUCCGAAAGGAAUUGCUGUUCCAGAUCCACUUCAAGCAGUUUGUACGCGUUGGGGACAGGAUCAGUUAAGUUAUGGUUCUUAUUCCUAUGUUGCAAUUGGAGCCUCAGGGGAUGACUACGAUAUCCUUGCUGAGAGUGUUGGAGACCGAGUUUUCUUUGCAGGUGAAGCAACUAAUAAACAGUAUCCUGCAACAAUGCACGGGGCUUUUCUCAGUGGGAUGAGAGAGGCUGCUCACAUACUGAGAGUUGCUGAUAGGAGGAUAUCUCCAGCUGAGACGUCAAAUACUUCCAGUCAAGAAAACAUUUGUGUUGUUGAUAAGUUCUUUGAUGCUCCAGACCUUAAAUUUGGAAAUUUCUCCGUGUUGUAUGAUCCUAUGUCAUCUGACCUGGAGUCUAAUUGCUUAAUACGAGUCGAAUUGCAAGGGGAGAGAUGUUUACAUUUAUACAGCCUGAUCUCCCGAAGACUAGUGCUGGAGCUAAGCAAAUUAGAAGGGGAUCUGAGCAGGGUAGAAAUGUUAACACGUGACUUUGGGGUGAAAUUGGUUGGUUGGAAUAAUUUAUCCGUUGCUGUAGGACCUCUACUCACCUCCAUUGAAUCGGCUAGAUCAGUUUGAAUUUGGAGCUACUGGUUAUGAUUGAUGCAGAUAAGAUGAGAUACGUUAGUAGUUUGGGACCUCAAAUUCAAACUGAAUUAGUUUGAAUAUGACUUUUGUAGAUUAAGGGACAGAAUCCCUGUCAAAUUGAACUGCUUCGAUGUUACUAUUAGUUGUGUCAACGAAUGUUAUGGCACAAACGUACAGUUCAAUUCUACAAUGUACAUGAAUCCCACGUUCGACAUUUUCCUUUU